AUGAAUGCAUACCCUCGAGUAGCUAUUCAUUUCUGCACGGGCUGCAAAUGGAACCUUCGAGCGGCCUGGUAUCUCCAGGAGCUCUUGUCUACAUUUGGAAACCAACUAGGAGAGGUGGCUCUGUUGCCUGCUUCCAGCGGCACCUUUGUGAUCGAGCUUGUAACAGAAGAAGGAGCCAAGCCGAUUCUUCUGUGGGACAGAAAAACCAACGGCGGAUUCCCAGGUGAGUGGUGUCAAUACGGUGACCGGAUGGCCCGUGAGACACUUGUCAAUAUGUAUCAUGUGGUGUGUUGCAGCAGCUCUUGGUAUUACGCUACUACAGUCCAACCCAGUCAGCUUAAGUGCCAUUGA